AUGGAUAGAGUAGUCGAAGAACGGAGAAAGUCUCGAAAAUAUGACAUCCUCCUACUUGGAGCUACUGGGUACACCGGGGUAUUGACCGCCGAGUACAUUGUUCGGCAUCUUCCAGUCGAUCUGAAAUGGGCCAUUGCUGGUCGAUCAAAGUCCAAGCUGGAAAGUCUCUCUAACAAGCUCAACGACCUAGACCCAGAGCGCGUACAACCAGAAAUCGAGGUAGUCGCGUUCGACGAUUCCAGUCAACUCGAUUCCGUUGUUAAGAACAGUAAAGUCUGUAUCAGCGUAGUCUUAUACUGGCAGGUUGGAGAAAUUGUUGUAAAAUCUUGUGUCGAGAACGGCACAGAUUAUAUUGACGUGGCUGGAGAUAUACCAUGGUUGCGUACGUUGAUCGAUAGAUAUCACGAUGCAGCUGUAAAUGCUAGCAUUGCCUUAAUUCACCUCUGCGGAGUACUUUCCGGGCCGCAAGAUCUUCUCACCUGGGCUGCAGCGCGGGAGCUAGAGCAGAAGACGUCUCUGAAAACGAAGGAAUUGGUUUUAUCCAUGACAGAGUUCAAGCUCAGUGUUAGUGGUGGCUCGGCCAGUGCACUGUUAGCUGAGAGGCCUUAUGACCCUCAACAGCUCGAGGAAGCAAAACAACCAUGGGUAUUAUCACCUAUUAAGAGACCACAGACUCCUAUACCCGCCAAUUUUCUCGGCAUGCGUGAGGACCCAACCCUCGGUUUGUUGUCCGCGACAUCAAUCGGUGCUGAACUGGACCGGCCAUUGGUACACAGAACUUGGGCUCUGUUACAAGAUACAGACCAAGGGUACGGGCCAAACUUUUGGUACAAUGAGUACAGUAAAGUUUCUUCCACAGUGGAUGGAAUAUCACACAUGCUUACAUCUGCGCUUAUGAGGACUGUCCUAAAUUUUGGGCCCACAAAGCGUAUCUUGGGGUUGAUCCUCCCGAAACCUGGUGAAGGACCUGACGUCGAAAAAGAACGCUCGUCACGACUGAAAUUCGAGGCUGUAGCUAUCGCGGACACGGAUAGCGAUAGUCCACCUCGUGCAUAUGCAAGCUUCUCAUAUCCCUCGGGCGGGUACUACACUACUGCCCUCUUCCUAGGCGAGGCAGCUGCAUCAUUGCUCUAUACCAGAAAUCUAGAAGGCCGGUUUGCCGGGGGCUGUCUCACACCAGCCUUCCUCGGUGAGGAUCUUUGGAGGAGAAUUCGAGAAGCGGGCGCAGUCCUUCAACUCAACAUGAUUUAA